AUGGCGAUGAAAGAUUUGAUCGAAAACGAAAGUAACUGUCAGAAUACGAAAGUCAAUGAACUUUACCUUUCUUCGCAUUUAACGUACGCUGUUCUGUGUUCGAUUUUUGAAUUCGUCUUCAAAUAUUUCAAAGUUGCAGUUUUUGUUUUUAUUUUUUUUCUCUUCAUAUACAUCCUGUACAAAUCGUAUUGGAGUCCCGUGUUUUACGCAAAGGAAUUAUCAGAGGUUGGGUUCAAUCACAUCCCAAAAGGAAAAGAUAGAUCCUUACACAUAAUAAGGGCUCAAAAAGCGAGGAGGUUUGGGAGCAAAUUGCCACCUCCCUAUCCAAAUGGAUGGUUCGCUCUCGUGGAGAGCAGAGACUUGGUAGUCGGUGGUGUUGUGGCUAUAGAUGCAUUAGGACUUAAUCUUUGCGUCUACCGAGGUGAAGAUGAAACGGCGCGGGUAGUGGACGCUUACUGUCCACACUUGGGAGCAAAUCUAGCGAUUGGUGGUAAUGUUUGCGGUAAUUGCAUCGAGUGUCCCUUCCACCAGUGGAAGUUCGGAGAGGAUGGGCAGUGUGUCAGUAUACCUCAUACGGAGACAGUUCCCAAAGGCAUAUCAAUAAAGACGUAUCCGUCAAUGGAGAUUGACGGAACAGUCUGGGUGUGGUACGAUGCUGAGGGUCGUCCUCCGCUCUGGACCGUCGAGGAGUCUGACGAGACGAAGAACUGGGGCUAUAGGGGCAGGAAUGAAUUUCUUGUUAAUGCUCAUAUUCAAGAAAUACCAGAAAAUGGCGCUGACGUGGCACAUUUGAACGCCGUACACAAUGUCUCGUUGCUAACUGACGUCGGAUACAAAUACCCAUUUUUAAAUUACAUUAUUGGUUGCCAUAAUUGGAGUGCGGAGUGGUCUAAGGGCGAAAUAGAUCACUUGGCCCAGAUUAAAAUUGCUCACCAGUACAUUAUAAUGAAGUUCGACGUGUUCCCCAUCAAUGUUACAGUACAUCAGAUAGGUCCUGCGCACGUGAGACUACGCUUCCAUUCGCCACUCGGUCCAAUGACGAUUAUACAAUCUGUGACGCCGAUAGCGCCAUUGGUACAAAAAGUCGUCCAUAGAGUUUACACGCCCCGUUAUAAUGCUAUCCUCGGCGCAGCUCUUGUGCUCAUGGAAGCUUAUCAAUUUGCACGAGACGUUGCUAUAUGGAACAACAAGAGAUAUGUCAGUUCGCCUGCCUACGUGAAAAACGACAAAACCAUUCGUACGUUCCGAUCUUGGUUUUCACAGUUUUACAGCGAACAAAGCGUGUCUUUGAAGGAUGCCUUGCAAAAUCCGUUAGAUUGGUGA